GCCACUAAAGCGCGAGACGCUGUGAGGGGCGGGAAGCACGCGCAGGUUUGUUGGCGGGAACUCGCUGAAGCCAGAAGCUCUGCGGGAGAAAACCGCGGCCGGCUGACCGGAGCAGCGGCCACUGCCAGUCGCGCUGACCUCAGAAGCUUUUGAGGGCAACUUUCGGACAGCCGCUCCACAGGGAGGGAUGUUUGUCCAGGACGCUGAGGAGGACUGAAGACGGCGCGGAGCCGCCUCGCUUUCCUUCCCACACAGAGCAGUAACAUCUCGCCGAAGUCAUGAGGGAGAAGCGAGCCGGUGCUCUCCUUCGCUCGGCUGGUCUCUAGUGGAACGGCCCGGUCUCGUUACCUUAGUCUGAGGGGAUAAACACCAUGGAUACGUGUUUGUGGCGCCUGAGACAGGAGCUGCUCUCUAUGAAGGAGGCUGGUGAUGGCCUUCAUGCUCAGAUGAACUCCAUGAUGGGAGCUCUGCAAGAACUUAAACUCCUCCAAGUCCAAACCGCACUUGAGCAGCUGGAGAUCUCUGGAAAAUCUAGCUCUGUGACUCAGCCACCAGCUACACAUACUAAUCCCGACCCUGACCCCGAAGAGCAGCGACGUCAGCUAUCUCGGAGCCCCAGCCAAGAUAAUCAAGGACAGUUCCCACAUCCACAUCACAGCAGCAUUAGGACUUCGCCCUCUACCUCCAGCUUAGAGAGUGAGGGCACGUCUUUGCCCAGGAGAAUCUCAGGAUACACUGCCCCACAAGUGGAAUACUGUGGCCCCAAGGUGUGCCAACCAACCAUGGAGUGCCACCAUGAGCAACCCCAGUCUGCACAACUAUCCCCAGGUGAUUUGUCUGGAAUUCUCUACAGCCUGUCCCGAGAAGGACCUUCCCUGGACAGUGACUAUAACGAGGACAGCUUGGACGACUCCAGCGACUGGACCUCCUCACUAAUGAGCCGCAGCCGCAAUCGUCAGCCUCUGGUGUUGGGGGACAAUGUGCUUGCCGACCUUGUGGGCAACUGGCUGGACCUUCCUGAACUGGAGAAAGACUGUGUAGAAGGGGAGAAGGGACUCAACAGACCAGACUCUCCAGCUCAUCCGCUUAACCUGAGUCGAUCACAAGAGUUCUGCAAGAAGUUCUCGUUGACCAGCAACUUCUUCAAGAAGUUCCUGCGCAGUGUGCGACCUGACCGGGAGAAGCUGUUGAAGGAGAAACCCGGCUGGAUGCCACCAGGUCAUGACCCAGAGGCAGAACUCUUGAAGAGACCCAAGAAAGCUGCCAAGGCCAAGGGCAGCUUCUACUUGCCGUUUUGGGCAGGGGGACAGCAAGCAAAGGCUAGGCCGUGCCCCCAGUCAGCAGAGGAGAGGAGCCAGUUCUUAGGACUUUACAUAGAUAGGAGGCCUGCAGAGCCUGUAGAGAAGGUCCAUCCUUUGUUUGACUACAAUACAGCAGUUUGGGUUUAGCAGGGCUUUUCUGGGUGGAUGGAAAAUGGGGAUUUGCGUGAAACUCUCAGAGAUUAAAAUGGAUUUGAUUUGGACUUUUUUAGCUGACAAUCUGUUCGAGCCCUCAGGGUGUAAAAGUAGGUCUUCCUCUCAUGAUGAAUUUCCACUGGCUGCACUUAACUCAAUGAGAACACGAGACUCUUCCUCUGAUUUACUUUCAUGAUUUGUAAUUUCUUUUUUUUCCCGUCCACUCCUCCACCAUCCUUGAUCACUUUACCCUGUUUGUUCUCUCCUCUAAGGCUGACAGGCUCUUACCCAGUUCAAGUAAUGCUGCAUGUGUACUGCUUUGACAAUGUGAUGGAUGUUCCUUGUUGCACACAAACCUGAGUAGCACUGAAAUACAGAUGACGUAAUAUCUUUACCCAGGUGAAAAGAGGUGGCUCCUGAUCCCAUAACACUGCUUGGCACAGAUUUAACUUCGGGUUGGUUUUAGGGGUUAUGUUAUGCGUAGGGCACAGAGAGAGAAGCCAUCUGCUUUUCCAUGGUUACAUAAAGCUCUGUGCUCAGUAUGUUAGAGACAGAAGAACUCGGAGUGCUUCGUAAUAAACACUAGACUCCACUGAUGACAUUUGCCAAACCAGUAAUCCUGCCCUAAAGAAAAACCAGAAUCAUGAGACGCAUCGUCUUAAAUCGGACGCAGCCUUUCUUACGUGUCUAAUAUGAAGAGAGCAAGUGAUAACAGCCGGCCUAUUCACCUUAAUCUGUGUCUACAAUCAGACUAAGAUGCAUUUCACAAGAUCACAACACCUGAAAACGCAUCUAAUCCCUUUUUAAUCUUGACGAUCUGUAACAGGGAAUAUGAGGCUACUUGCAGAGGAGAAUGAACAGUUCUUAUUUCUCAGUGAGCAGAUGGGAUGGGCUUUUUUCCGAUUCCCAUCAUACGUAGCUCAUCUAUUAGCUGAAGUUGGCAUCCACGGGGCUAUGCCGAUAUUUAACCAUUAUAAGCUUAUGGGGUUUAGUUUUGUUUUUUUUUUUAUAUGCAGCUUUAUCAGUAAUGUGUCUGAGGAACGUGUCACUUUUCAGCACUCAGUACUCUAAAGCACUGUUAGCUAAAACACCAAGGUCUGCACAAUUAACACGCACAGACUUAUAGAUUAAAAGACGGAGUGAAAACAGAGAAAAUAAACAGAAUUCUUGGUAACACUUUACGACAGCUGACAUCACCCUACGUAUCGCUGCUGUCGGAACGAAACCUCGUAUCUCCAAAACGGUGACUUUACAGGAGAAGGGAAAAAACCUACAUUACUUUCAAUGUAAGCCAGUGGAACCAGACUUUUAUCAAGUCAUUUUCAGCCGUUUGUUUUGGUCCAUCCUUCAUGAAAUUAUAGAGGACAUAAAGGCCAAUAUGCAUUUUCAAAUGACGUCAAACACUGACAAUGGAGAUAGGAGGUUUUGUUCCGACCGCAGCGAUAUGCAUUUAUAAAAGCUUUUCCAACGAGUGUAAAUCUGCGUAAAGACCGGGUUCAUCAGUUUUGAUGUCGCUUCAUUCUAGAAAACGCAAAGACACCUGAUGCUCGAUGGAAUAGUUCUUUAUAAAUACUGUUUUUAAAGGUUUGUCAUUUCCCGUGACAGGCUUACGUUGGUGUUGUGUAGCCUUAUUAACGCCACCCUUCAGCAAAGUGCUACCCAUUUGGAAUACGAUACAGCAUAAGACUGGGCGUCUGUCCUCGUAACGCAAGCAAAGCCGAUGUAAAAAGGUACACACUGCUGCACAAAAGCCAUACCGAACUCUAACGGUACAAAGAACCUGUCAACAGUUUUUCUUUUAGUGUAAUUGAUUACUUUUGUACCCAGGUAAGAUUUGUAAGUUGGAAACGUAAUUUUGCUGGGCAAAGUUCAUUUAAGCCACAGAGCCUCUCUGAGAGGGCGGUUUGUACAGAACUAAGGACAGAAAUGUAAAAACGAUGCUUUCUAUGUUUCAGAUGUCUAGUUUGUAUAUGUUUUAGCACUGCUUUUGAAAUAGUGGAUAACUGUAACUUUGUCACUGACUAUAUAACAUGAAACACUGUUUUAUGAACCCUGUUUUCGUUGUGUAAUUACACCAGCAAAGUUAUUUCUAAUAACGGAAACUGUCUCUGUGUUGUGAGAACAGAUACUACCAUUUUAAUAAAAUUUCUAUGUUGA